AUGGAAGAUGGGUGUCGUAAGCGACGACAAGGUCGCUGGGAAUAUAAGAACUUUUGCGCGGGUACUUUCCCUAUCGACUUCCUGUCGACGUCCCCUUCCCUUCCCUCCCUGGCCAUGCUCGCUGUCGCCGCCGUCCUGCUCCUCCCUGCUCUGGCCCUCGGUCGGGUGUUCCCACGCACCGUCUCGACUGUAACGCCCUUUGGUGCCGCCCAGGGUGUCGCUAGCGCAAACGGGGCAACGCGGUAUGCUGUGCGCUAUGCGACCGCGCAGCGCUGGCAGCAAUCGGUCAUGUCGUCCAGCUGGCAGCUUCCGAAUGGCUUUACGGAUCCGGCCGCCCUCCCACUGCAAUGCCCGCAGCUGGGAGUUGACGACUCGACAUUUGCGGAAGACUGUUUGUCCAUUCUGCUCUAUGUUCCGCCUGGCCUGGCCCCCGCACCCGGUCCUCUGCAUAAGGCGGGAACCGGAGCAAAUACACUCGUUUGGAUUCACGGCGGCUCGUUUGACUCUGAAUCGUCGACGGAACCCGGACUGGAUGGGUCAAAACUGGCUGUUGCGACCAACGCUAUUGUCGCGGUGAUCCAGUAUCGCCUUGGCGCGCUCGCACUUCUCGCUCCCAAUGGACCUCCAAAUCUUUCCGUGUUGGAUACGAUGAACGCCCUCAAGUUUCUCGGCAAGGUGCUGCCUUCGUUUGGUGGUGACGCCUCCAAGAUCACGUUGGCCGGACAAAGUAGCGGGGCGGGCAUGAUCCGCACCUCUUUUUGCCACUCCAUCUGCUGCGUCAUUAUUCAAGAGCGCGAUAAUGCAGACUACGGUUUCCUCUCUACGACCACCCAGUCGACACUACAGACGUUCUUCAACGGCCUUCUCCCCUGUUCUACAACAGACUCCGCCUGUCUCGCUGGACUUUCCACCGACACCAUCCUCUCCGCCUAUGCCCAGCUCAAGGCGAACGCCUUGGCGCUUGACCCGUCCACCGGGCUCGGCGAGCCAGUGCGACCUGUUCUUGACGGCACCCUCGUCACCACCCCGCUCGACAGCACUGCGCCGUUUCCAGCUGUUACCAAACCACUGCUGCUGACGAGCACACGCAACGACGCCGGGCCUACUAUCUAUGAUGCGCUGUUCCCCGGGCCAGACCCCAUUCCCGCGUCGAUGUUCGCGCCCGUGACAGCGUUUUCACUCGGCCCCGACCGCACGCAGACCGUGAUCGAGUCGCCGUUCUACCCGAUCGAUCCCGAUGGCGAUGAGGAUGCGCGCGUACCACUUCAGGUUCUCGGCACAGACUACAUCUGGCGUUGCUCAGCGUGGACGCUGGCCCGGACUUGGGCAGCCAACGGAGGCGCAGGCAAGACGUUCGUGGGCAUCUGGACGCUCGGCGCGACGUACCCGUUCAACGACAAUAUCCCAUACUGCCUCCAGCCCGGCGUCGUGUGCCAUCGGGAUGACAUCCAGAUCGUUUUUGGCACGACCCCCAACCCGACGCCUGCCCAGGCAGCACUGACGGCUGAGAUUCAGAUGCGCUACCGUGCCUUCCUUAACACCGGCGCGCCGAACGUGCCCGGCCUCCCGCAAUGGGCACCUGCGACAACGACAGACGUCCAUGCGUAUGUACUGGGCAACGGCACUGUCCCCGUCGCCGCCUGCGACCCCUCUUUCUGGGGCGCGGCUGUGCAAUACGACUACCAGUUCUACGGAAUCUAG